CAAGCCCUCCCUAUGUUUGACAGAAAUGGACAGAACCAUCAACGCAUCAGAAAAAAACUGGAGGCUUUCAGAAAUGCUAAGGAAUGGUCAGAUUUUAUAUCUUUGCUCACCGCUGUCGACAAUGUCUUGAUCGAUGUUAAAAGUUUGCCCAAGGACUUAGAGGGCUUUCUGUUCAGGCGGCUCAACCAGUCGUUGAAUCCUGCACUGCCGGCAGGCGUGCACAACAAGGCUCUUGAAACGUACAAGCUGAUAAUUGCGAACAUAAAACUUACAGACCGUCUGUUACUCGGCCUUUUCUCGUACGGAGUGUAUUCUAAGUUAUCCGUCAAGGAUACGUUUUUUGAAGUUCUGGCGAAUCUAAACGACCGAAAAGUGGGUCAAAAAAGUUUUAUACUGGGGCUGUUACCAUUCGUUGAGGAGGAGAACAACGAGUACUUUGAUCGUGCGUGUAUUAUGAUCGACAAUGUGAACUGCUCGGAUGCCCUGUGGUCAAAUUUUCUGUGCUGUCCUGAGCUGCGCAUCGCGGUGGUAAACUAUUUUAAGGGACGGCAGGCGGCAAUUAGCAGUUUCCAGAUCAGAGCGAUUAGCAAAGCGCUGUACGACGGCGAUUCUUUUACCGUUAGAGGCACGCUUGACAUGCUGAAUGCCAACGUUAAGCUUGGUGAUUUGGUACGGUUCUACAACCCUGAAGUGACCGAAUUUGUGGAAGUUACGGAAGAGCAGAUUGCAAAUGACAAGAACACGCGGGUAUCGGACACUGUGACAGGCAGAGAGGCGAGCACAACCGUGAUGAUCACAGAGACAACAGCUGUCGAAGGUGCAAAGAACCAAGAGGUGCACAAAAAAAUAAAAGUGGAGGAUGCAUAUCUUAAAGACGAGAUAGUGAGCUUAUCAGUGCAUAUAAUCAAGCUGUUCCUCAAGAAAGAGAUAACAUUGAACAAAAAGGUGAAUGCCUGGUUGCAGAACGAGACCAUUCUUGCGAAAAAGGCGCUUCGUAAGAUUAUGAACGAUGAUUUGAACCUUUUCUACAAGUUGUUUCAGAAUUUGAUCGUGCAGGAGGAGCUAAACGACAAAGAUAUUGCAGAAUUGUUCAUUGAGGCGGCGUAUAAGACCCAAACCGAGUGUCAGGGCUUUGAUAUUGUGCUGACAUUGCUUGAGAGCAGCUUUUUAUGGAAGAUACUUUAUGUGGAAUUUAAGCGUAUUAUUGGGAAGGAAAAGGGGAAUAAUCAGUUCAGGGCAAAGACCGAAAAGAAUGAAACAGCAAGUGGGCUGGGGAAUAGAGCAGAAAAUGAGAUGAGGAGCGGUGUAAGGGAUGAAAUAAAGAAUGAGAUGAGGAGCGGUGUAAAAGGUGAAGUAAAGAAUGAGAUGAGGAGCGGUGUAAGGGAUGAAAUAAAGAAUGAGAUGAGGAGCGGUGUAAGGGAUGAAAUAAAGAAUGAGAUGAGGAGCGGUGUAAAAGGUGAA